AUGCCAUGCGAAUUUGCCAGAAAACCUCGUAAGCUUGAUGAAGUUAACCGUUGGAAGGCAACGGAGUUUCGAACAUUCUUGUUGUAUAUUGGAACUGUUGUUACUAAACCAGUAUUAACUGAUGAACACUGGAAACAUUUUUUUGGUUUUAGUAUAGCAAUGUUUAUACUGUUAAGUCCUGACAAAUCUAAAUUUAUUCACAUUGCAAGAAAAUUACUGGACAAUUUUGUGAAAAAUUUUGAAAUUAUAUAUGGUCCACAUCUUAUAUCCCAUAAUAUACAUGGUGUAACACAUAUCUGUGAUGAUUAUGAAAAAUUCGGCCCACUUGACAACUGUUCGGCAUUCCCUUUUGAAAAUUAUAUGGGAUCCUUAAAGAGAAUGUUGAGAAAACCUCAUAAGCCUCUACAGCAGAUUGUUAAAAGGUAUAGUGAAAUCUGUUGUUUAAAAUCUACAGUUGGAACUCAAAAGAAAACGUCUUAUCAAUUUGGUGGACCACAUAAACGAGGACCCACAAUAGAAAUUGGACUCAAUGAUUUUGAUGGAGAUCAAUUUACCUCUAUAGUAUUGGAAUCCAUGAAAAUAAAGAUAAAUGUUGAUGCAGACUCUUAUUUGCUUACUAAAGAUGAUAAUAUUUUAAAAGUUUUUAAUAUAAUACAUUAUAAAAAUAAAAAUGAAGUCAUUUUAAUAUGUAAACAAUUUAAAAACAAAUAUGUUAUGUUUAAUAGUCCUAUAAAAUCAUCUAAGUUGGAUAUGUAUGUAGUUGAUAAAUUAUGUAAUAAUUAUGUUUGUUGUUGCAUCUUUAAUAUUAAAAAAAAAGUUAUCAUUUUACAAAAUAAGGAUAAUCUAAUUGCCUUUCCAAUUAUUCAUUCGACAAGAACAUAA